UUUAAGCGAAAAGUGUCGUCCCUGAUCAAAUGCUUAUCUGGGAAACACUGAACGCAAAAUUAGUUUACUCCUUUUUUUCAGUGUGAUGCUCAUUUUGUCAAAUUGUUUCAAGGUUGAGGCGAAGAAAGUGAUCAGAAGUUACACGGAGUCGAUCGCGAGUUUUCUACAAUACGUUGGAGAUUCCACUGGCGACAAAAAUCGACUGGAACAGUGGCAACUGGAGUUGGGGCACCACACGGCGCACUUCUGCCACUACGAACCAAAGACAGACGCCUUGGACAUGUGCACUAGCGGCUCCAUGAGCUUCCGGUUCCGAACACUAGAACCACGUGGUCUUCUCGUUAUUGGACACGGCUCGGCGGUACAGUUCUUUGCUAUAGAGGUGUUUGACGGGAUCCUGUAUUUUGUUGCCGACUUUGGCAGCGCUACUAUCCGGAACAUGUUCUCAGACCGCCGCGUGGAUGACGGUGAAUGGCACGAGGUCAGUUUUAUAACGGUAUUUAAAAAAAAUAUGUUUUGUCUAAGAAGUUCAGCGCUAACAUGCGGUACACGCACGUCGCUGUAAAAGAUUUUUAUUAUGAUGCUUAUGGUGAUGGCGAUGGUGAUAAGGAGGAGAA